AUGGCGAUUGAAACAGAGGUGGCGGGUGCUGGACAUGGAGACUUUGGACCCUUCUCAGAGCCUCUGGGUCAGCCACGGAGGAGCGUUCCUGUAUUUCUACUCAUGAUUCCAUCCAGCAAAUGGAGACCUUGGAGAGCUGAGGCUCUCUGGUUCUCUCCUCAGGCUUCCCUGGGUGCAGGUCAGCUCCAGGCUUGCUCUGAGCGGGGCAGCCGCUGGCCAGGGCUUCUCACGGACACUUUCUUUUCCUUCCCAAAUUUAGAGCCAAAGGCAGAGACGCAGCCAGCCUACAAGAACCUCAAGAUCCUCUAUGCUGUCUUGGCCUUCUUGGCUCUGCUCCUGGUUGCUUCCUUGGCAGCUACUGUUCUUCUUUAUACAUGGGAAAACGCGUGCCCAUGGCUCCAUGGGAAACCAGUCCCCUGCAACUCCACGGAUAACUCAACCCUGCUGGCCCUGAAGACAGAAAAGGACCAUCUGGAGAAAACCAGUGCUUCCUAUCAGGCCCUUCAGCGUAAAUACCGGUUGGUCUACACACUCCUCUCUGAAGGCUGGAGGCUGCAUAACUGGAAUAUCUACUAUUUUUCCAGUGAAACAAAGUCCUGGGAAAAGGCUCAGCAGUCCUGUGAGUCCAAGAACUCCAACCUGGUUUCAGUGACCUCAAGGGAAGAACAGGAGUUUCUUGGCCAGGCAGUUAAAGAUGGUCACUGGAUUGGCCUGACCGACGCGGGCAGCGAGGGCGUGUGGCACUGGGUGGACGGGACCCCGUAUAACGCGUCCACGAGCCCGCGGUUCUGGGCGUCCAAUCAGCCAGACAACUGGGACUACGACGGGAAGGGGAAGGGGGAAAACUGCGCCCACUUGAUAUCCGGAAAUCGGGGAUCCUGGAAUGAUGCCAACUGCGACUUACCCUACCGGUGGAUCUGUAAGGUGUCCCUAUAGAGCCUCCGGUGGGCUGCCUGGGCUGCUUCUUCCGCCAGCCUCCUUGUCCUACCCUGGCACCAGGCAGAAGAGAAAAGGCUCCACAGAUAUUUGGGGACCCUGAUGGGGACCCUGAGUGACCUUAGGAAGGGCACGAUGGAAGGAGACUCGAUUGAGGGGGGAGAAGCGUCUCCGGGGCCUCUGACAUGGGCAGACCUUCCCGGAGUCCCCCCUGGACUCCCCACCGCCUUGGACAAAACGCGAAACCCUCAGCCCGACGUGGAAGACGUUUCGAGUCUUGUUUCUCGUCUUCCGGCCCUUCCCGUCUCCUCGGCUCCAGCUCUCCCUCUGGAAUUCUCUCUUCCCUGUCUCUGCCUUGGGGAACCCCUGAUAUGGUGGCUCCAUCCCGCCUCCCCCUCCCUGGAAUGUCUCUACAGUUAUCUCAUAUACAGACACUCACACACACAUGCACAGACAUGUACUAUGUAUGGGCUCUGUGUGUCUAUCACAGCACGUACAUCUAGGUGCAUCCGUGAUGCGUGUACACACAUGUGUGUGUCUUCCACUUGCUCAUCUUGUACACACGUCUGCCGCCUGCCGCUCGCUCGGGGGGAUCCUUCAAAUCCUGCCUCAGGCCCAGGGCGGACAAGAAGAGCGUCCGGCUCAGGUCCGAACCAGGCAGCUACUUGGAUGAAGUAUGGAUGGAGGCGUACCAGGCCGUCCCUCGAAUGGACACUCCCCCUGGCUAUCCCCAGCAGCCCCGGGCCCUCCACACGUGCCCAACAGAGGCCAGUGAGCCAGCGAGCCAGCAUCACUGGAGUGAAGGAGCGCAGCCGUGGCAGCUGGAGGCCCCCGUUCGGAGUGAGGCGACCAUCAGCUCGCCUACAAUGAGCAGGGCAAAGGAAGGGCUGGGGGU